AUGUGAGCCAUGCAGGCAGAAACGGUUCUGAUGCUUUUCUGCGUCUGGAUGGCAGGAACAGUAGCGAAGAUGGUUCAGCCAAGAGGUCACAAGCUGGAGCCCUACAAACAAACCAGAUCAAGAAGAGACAUCAGAAUGGAGGGAGGAGGUGGUCAGAAGUCUGGAAGUCCAAUUUACAAACGAAGCCCAGACCUGACGAAAAACCCGAUGACAAAAUCUGAGCAGCUGCUGAGAAUAGAUGAUCACGAUUUCACCAUGAGGCCGGCGUUUGGAGGUCCUCCAAUACCUGUUGGUGUUGACGUUCAGGUGGAAAGUAUUGACACCAUCUCAGAGGUGGAUAUGGACUUCACCAUGACUUUGUAUCUGCGUCACUACUGGAAAGAUGAGCGGCUGUCGUUUCCCAGCACCAACAACCAGAGCAUGACUUUCGACAGUCGUCUGGUGAAGAAGAUUUGGGUUCCUGACAUGUUUUUUGUUCACUCUAAGCGCUCAUUCAUCCACGACACCACCACUGAUAACGUCAUGUUGAGAGUUUACCCUGACGGCAACGUGCUCUACAGUCUCAGGGUCACAGUCACUGCCAUGUGCAACAUGGACCUGAGCCGCUUCCCCCUGGACACCCAGACCUGCUCACUGGAGAUUGAGAGCUAUGCGUACACAGAUGACGACCUGAUGCUGUACUGGAAGAAAGGAAAUGAAUCUCUGAACACGGACGACAGAAUAUCUCUGUCCCAGUUCCUGAUCCAAAAGUUUCACACCACCACAAAGCUGGCGUUUUACAGCAGCACAGGCUGGUACAACCGUUUGUACAUCCACUUCACCCUGCGGCGCCACAUCUUCUUUUUCCUGCUGCAGACGUACUUCCCCGCCACGCUGAUGGUCAUGCUGUCCUGGGUUUCCUUCUGGAUCGAUCGCAGGGCCGUGCCUGCCAGGGUGCCACUAGGUAUCACCACAGUGCUGACCAUGUCCACCAUCAUCACCGGGGUCAACGCCUCCAUGCCUCGCGUGUCCUACAUCAAGGCCGUGGACAUUUACCUCUGGGUCAGCUUCGUCUUCGUCUUCCUCUCGGUGAUCGAGUACGCGGCUGUGAACUACCUCUCAACUGUGCAGGAGAGGAAAGAGAGGAAGCUGAGGGAGAGACUGCCGUGCACAUGUGGCAUCGGCAACCCCGACGAGAUGAUGAUCGACCCACAGAUCACUGGCUACGGCUCCAUGGACGUCAACACCACGGGGAAUUAUGGGAUACCUGAGAACGGCGGGCGCCAGGAGCGAAUCCUGGCCCAGGUGGCGCUGAACGACCCUCAGAUCACGGGUCAGGUGAAGGCGUCCCGAAGCUACGUCAACAUUUGGAUAGACACCCACGCCAUAGACAAAUACUCCCGGGUCGUCUUCCCCGGCGCGUACAUCCUCUUCAACAUCAUUUACUGGUCCAUAUACUCGUAAACUGGGAUGCUUUAAAUAGAACGCGGUUGGAUUGCCGACGGGCUAGUUAGCCGGCUAGAUAGCCAGCAGGCUAGUUAGCCAGCCGGAUGGCUAGCUAGCUGGCAGGCCAUUUAGCCGGCUGGCUAGCGCAGAAGCUAAACCGAUGCUCUGUCAGGGGAUAAACUGGGGAUCAAAAACAGAUGGAAAACUUUUGCCUUCUUGCCCCAGCCACUUAAAACUGUUGAGAACACCGUUUCAUCGCUCCGUCAAAUCCGUGUGCUUUUGCGUGUCUGGUGUCGAUGACAACGUUGAACUUUGUGAAAAAAGUGGAAAACCGCCAUUUUU